CCAUUACUCACCCACCACCCAUGCUUUGUCUUUGUCCCUCCCACUCCCACUCACUUCCCCUCCCCGCACCCCAUGACAACCAACAACCAACCAACUAACGUAACACUAUCCAUCCAAACAGACCUCAACCUGUGUCCCCAAUCCAUCCCACCUCCCUAUCCUCGCGCCACUCACAUCCUCGCAAAUCUGCCCGCUCGGGGCCGCAGAGAGAUGGGAGCUCCGGGCCGUGCCGUUCGGGUGUCAGGUCAGUACGAUCACGUUUCUGACGGGGGUGGGGUCCGUGGCGGGGACGUUGGCGGCGCUGGGACUACUGGUUCUGGGGGUGUGGAUGGCGAGGGUGCUGGGGAGGAGGUGGCGGGGGAAGGGAGGUGGUGAUGAUGCAGCUACUCGUGGUUGGGGGGUUCGUUCAGAGGGUUGGGGUUGGGGUUGUGG